GAGAGGCAGGGUGGGGAGGGGAGAGUGAGUGUGUGAGCGUGUGUGUGUGUGCGUUUUACGCACAUUCCUAACCAACAUUCUUCACCAUUAGCCAGAGUUCGCUGCUCGCUCGGUGCGCGGUUUAGCCUCAGCGCUCCCGCGGACUUUCCACGUCCAUGUCUCUUUGUGUCUUGUCGUUAGAGUCAGAGUCAAAGUUGCCAUAUUCAUUAAUCGUGUUGUAUUUAGCGCUGUUGGAUACCGGCGGUACUUUAAUGAUUCAUUAACAAAAAGUUUAAGUUGUUAGGCUUUGCGUUUUGCUCCGCGUGUGGAGAAACCGACCGACAGAGAAUCAAGUUCGUCUGAAAUACAAUUCGUGUGUGAAAGAUAAAGAUUCAUCGUGACUACGCCUCUCCUUCACCACUCAGGCGAAGGACCGAUACCACAGGAGGCCGGCGGGACAGCCACGGCUACCUAAGGGGGCCGCUCCUCCCUCCCUCGUCGGGCGACCGGUGGAGAGACACGCGGGGAGAGAAGCGCGCCGAGAGACGCGCCCGCGGCAUGAAGCCCUGCCCUCCCAUGGAGGCGAGCGACGCGGGCUCGUGCAGCCCCUUCAUCCAGCGCCUGAUCCAGGAGCAGCUGCGCCACGGGGACCCCAACGAGGCGCGCCUCCUCCUCGCCCUACAGCAGCAGGCCGCCAAGGCGGCCGCCGCGUCGCCUUCGUCGUCCGCGUCGUCGCCCGCCGAUCGCCAGGAUCCCCAAGGGCAGGAGGAGGAUGGCGAGACGGAGCCGCUGCCGCCGUCCUAUGCCGAGGCCAAGGCCCUCGCGAUGAGCCGCCAGGCCAACGCUGCCGCGGCUGUGGCAGCUGCUGCUGGCGGCGGUGGCGGUGCCUGCCUGCUGGUGGAGGACUACCAGCGUGCACUACCGGAAGCGGAGCUCUGUGCGAGCUCCCGCGUCUGGCUGGCGAAUGGCGCUCCGUCGUCGUCGCUGUGCGAGGAUGCGGCGGCGGCGGCGAAUGGGAACCUGCGAUCGCUGGGCGAAGUUGCCUCUUUCACCCAGGAGAUUGCGUACGCACAGCCCCACCAGCAGCAGCAACAUUUACAGCAUCUACAACAGCAACAACAACAGCAGCAGCACCAUCUACAGCAUCUACAACAGCAGCAGCAUCUGCAGCAGCAUAUUCAACAGCAGCAUUUUCAGCAGCAGCAGCAGCGUCUGCAGCAGCAGCGUCAGCAGCAGCAGCAGCAGAGGGGCACGGCGGUGGCCAAGGGCCGCCAGGGCGGUUUGAGUCGCGCCGCGUCACAGCUGUGCAGCCGCCAGGCCGUAGGCUGGAGCCGGAUGACGCACAGGGCCUGCUACAGCGACCCCAGCUCCAGGGAGCGCUGGGAGGAGCAGGGGGACGUCGCCCGCGGAGACGGAGCGCCGCGCGAGGCGCGUUGCCCCCCGCGGGCGCCGGCCGACACGGCCUGGCUCCGGGGGGCGGACCCCCCCUCGCAGUUCACGCCGCAGCAAGCCCGGCCUCUGCCCACGCCUGCGUCGAUGCCAACCUUGCACCAGAAUUUCCAGGCACCUCCGGCCCAAAUUCCACCGCAGCAGCAGCAGCCAAGCCUCGGCCUAGCGGAGGUUCGGGCCCAGCGGCUAGGCGAAGCCUUGGCCCAGGAGAACAGACUUUUGCGAGCUCAGUUGGAGGAGCAGAAAGAUAAGAUGUGCCGCUUGGAAAAGUUGGAGAGCGAGAUUUGCCGGCUGUCAUCCGCCUACCACACCAUGGUGGAGUCCUCCAACAAGCGGGAGGCGCUUGAGAAGUCGAUGCGCAGAAAGAUGGAAGCGGAGAUCAAGCGGCUAUCUGAGCUCAACCGCCAACUGAUGGGUGGGGAGGCGCUCACGAGCGAUAGAUGCGCCGCGGAGUUUGAAGGCCGCGUGAGGGAUCUGGAGGAGGCUCUUGGCAUGGCCCGGGAGAAGAACAGUCGGCUGCAGGAAGAGCUGCAGCGGAAGGUUGCCUGUGAGCACAGGGUGGAGACUCUCCAGGCAGCCCUGGCUCAGCUGCAGGCAGCAGCGGGAAAACGAGACGUCAUGGAGCAGAGGCUCAGAAGCCACCUGGAGAAGGAAGUGCAGAGGCUCAAGUUGCAGCAGCGCCCGGCGCCCGGAGCGGACCCCACGGCGGCGACACCGUCGUCGCCCUCGGCGGCGCAGGGAGCCGGCGCCCCGGGCCCUGCGGAGGACGACCUCCCCCGGCUGCGGCGAGCGCUGGAGGAGCAGGAGUCGCGCCUGCUGCAGCUGCAGGCGGAGUCGACGCGCUGGGAGCAGCGCUACCUGGAGGAGCGGGCGCUGCGCCAGUUCACCACCGAGGCCGCCGCCACCGCCGCCACUCACCGGGACACAUCGUCUAUCCUGUGGGAAGAUCGGGCGAGCCCGGUGAGCGACAACAGCGCCGACUUCAACGCGGCUCAACGGCGCUGCGCCGAAAUGGAGAACAGGCUGCGAGGACUUCACUCCCAGCUGCUGGAGCGUGAUGCCGUGAUCCGUGUUCUGCACUCGCGAGCCGGAGUCUGCUCCGAGGCGACGGGUCCAGGCACGGCAAGAGACCUGGACUCGAACCCUCGUCCAACCUCCUCACCAUCGUCACCAUCGUCACCAUCAGCAGCGGCAACAGCUCACAGCCAAGCUCAACUCAAUGGCACAGGGGGUCACGAAGAACCCGGAGCUCCGAGCGGUCGCGACGACGGAAUGAUGGGAGUCACAAUUGGCCGAGAAGCAUCGCGAGAUUCUGGAAUCCUGAUUGGCCAGGAGCCCGAAUGGGCCGGCUACUGCCUCGCGGAUCUGUCCAUGGAGCGAUUCAACCGGGAACGGCAGGAGCACUGCACGCGGAGUGAACUCGCGCCCUCGGCCCCAUCCGCAUCAUCGCCAUCAUCGUCGUCGCCAUCGUCAUCGCCAUCACCGUCGUCGUCCCUCUGCCCCAAGAUGCUGAUUGGUCGAGAGCCGUCACGCGACUCGGGAAUUCUGAUCGGUGACGGCGACGUGGACGAGAGCGAGGGGCGGUCGCAAGGUGUGGCGGCUGCGAUGACGUCGUCGUCGUCGUCGUCGUCAUCGUCUUCGUUGUCGUCGCUGCAGUCCCGCUACCGGUCAAACGCCGGCACGCAAACGGACAAGGGGGUGGCGCAGGACAGGCCUCAGGCUCGUGCAUCGGACACCGUGGAAAUCCUCAUCUGAGGCACCCAGCGGCUUCGCCCCGCCUUAGGGGGCCCUCGGAAAGGCGAAGGCCAAAGGUCAAAAUAAACACGGCGGUGUGCAUAACCGUCGCCGUUGACGGCACUCGGCCAGCAGCGGAAGUUCCUCAUUCCUACGGGCGGGCGGGCGGGGCCCGCCGGUCUUUCCAAAAGAACGACCGCUGCUGGCCUCUCACUCUAAGCAGUACUUAAUUUUAGCCGAUCCGGAGGAAAGAAGAAGAUGAUGGGUCGAGUCGACCUCCUGGUGGGGAUUUGAACUCGUUAAAACCCGAACGAAUAAGCGACUGUUAAUUUUUGCUACCUACGGCUGUGGUGUGAACGGGGCCUCUCUCCCGCCUAAAUGUGUGAACAGUGGAAGGCGAAGGGGCAUCCCUGGAGUCGCUUGAGUCACGCCACCGCUGGUGGAAAAGGGGCCUCCGCCGUGGAGAGCUCGCUCCUGUUCUGCCUUUCGGCCGAGUGUGGAAGCACGUCGGGGCUCUUUUUACUUCGCUCGCUGUUUAAUCAAACAAAAAGAGGACAAAGAUCACUGUUGCCGUCGGCGAGCAGCUAGGAAGGGCCGGCACGGCGCACGAACGGGGUGGGUGGCCAGCGCCACGCGACGUUUACGCAUCGCACCACGUGCAGCGCUAAUUUGAGGCCCAGUCGACCCAGGGGAGGCCCAGGACCGGUUCAGAUAAUCGUCGCUGGGCGACGGCGGCCAUGGGCGGGAGUCGAACUCGGGCGGCCGGGUUCAGAGCGCGGCGUAGCGCUAACCGCCACGCCACCGCUCACCACCACCACCACCACCAACCAACCAACAGCACCAACGCAAUGGUCACCGAAUGAGUUUGCUGAGCAUUGCGAGUUGAACGUCGAGCCUCUCCAGCGUGUCGUUCGACCGUGCCGCGUGGAAACGGCGUCCGACGUUUCGUCUCCCUUCCCCCCACGUGCUUUGGGGGGGAGGGGAUAAGCAUCGCCAACGCCUGAACUGGGAGACCGAACCUAUAUUCGGUUUCCUGAAGAAGGCUCCCAGCACUUGGGAGCGAAACGUCGGACGGCCGCGCCAGAGCCCAAAAACCGUGAAGCACGUCGGGAGGUUGCAGAACGGUGAGAGGACUCCAGGCCGCUCGGCACCGAUGGUUGACCACAAAGUCCGGGUCAUGACACCGCACGGUUGGCAAUAACAACAACAACAAUGUCUUUGUUGCAGUUGUCCUCGAUGCUGCAGUUAUUUGCGUCGUAUUUAACUAUUUAUGUUCAAUCUGUCCUCCGGUGACUCGUGGUCAGAAUGUAUUAUUAUGAUGAUGAUGAUUAUUAUUAUUUUGGGAGGAAGAAAAUGUGGCUGAUGAACGAUUAUAGAGAUUAUUUGGGUCCGUUUGUGCGUUUUGUUUUCUUGCGUUUAUAUAUCGACGCCAUGUGAACUUUAGUGUGCAUUUAAACUCUCGUAAUGUUUUUAGCCUUGCGUGAGGAUGUGUUUUAUGUCAGGAUUAUGGCCCACUUCGCAAUUCGGACUCCAGUGAUGAGUUCACAACCUUUCUUAGGUUGUUAACAUCUUCAGCAGCAGCAGCAGCAGCCACACCAUGAGUUUCAUCUGCUGCGUUUUGUCAACAGUAUUUGUUCAGAGGAUCGACUGGGUCUCACCAUAGGAAUGUGGAAUUUCGCACCAAUGGAGAAGGGCACUUGCCUGCGCUCGUGUAAGCAGGGAGACACCAUGGACUGAACUCAUUUGGAAGUUCCUGAUUUACAUCCCUGAUUUACAUCCCUGAUUUACAUCGCAAAAAAACACGCACAAAGAGAGUUUAAAAGAGAUUCAUAACAUUGUAGAAAUAUCUUUGCCAGUCGCUCACAUUUGCGAACAACCCCGAUUCCUCAGCUGGCCUGAUGAAAAAAGGAUCGCAUCCGUCUGUGUGUUUGUGGGCGCGUGGACCGCGCUUUCGAAAUUCAAAGCGCCCUCGUGCACGUGUCAAUAUGUGAAUGCGAAGGACGCUGCUGCUGCUGAGCGAUUGGAGGCAGUCGCCCUCCAGCAGCAAUGGAGGCCGGAGGAGUGACGCUCGCAACAACGAGCGGAGCACCGAGUGGCUCAAACACAGCAAGUAGGCACAGUCAGGGGGUACAGCUGGUGUGCAUCUACCAGCCGUCUCAGUCGGUCAACCUACGGCACCUGCUGGGUUUGUUCCGAGACCUGUCAGCGAGCCUUCGACGCUUCACAUGGCCCCAAAGUGCACCUGGCCUGGCCCAAGUGCCAUGGUGACGUCGCCGCCGCUUGGUGUUGAACGCCCGUCUGUUGAUCAUAUUUUCAUUGCCUCGAUAUCCGAUUUGUAUCAGAAAUCGAUUACGCUUCACGAUUAUCUGCUCAGAUUUACUGCUACUUGUCAAAUGGCACGAAGAUGGUGAGAGGGGAGCGGUCGAGUCUCGCUGGACGGGGAGCUGAUGGUGACGUCGGCAGUGGGUAAAGUACCGUCGGUUGACGAUGGUAGUUGGAUGAGUUACUCAGCCUCAGCGUCCCGGCCCGGAACUCGAAAAUGGGAAUUGUGGGCCAGACGAUUUGCGACACCUAUUUGUUGUUUCGGCCAAGAAGAAAAAAACAAAACAUUACAAUUUCAGCAAGGUUAUUUAUAUUGUUUAAUGUACGCAUUUGUCGCUUAAUCAAUGUCGGUUUAACGCAUCGACUCGUUCCACGGGACCGCGGGUGCGGUGUCCGGUGGGAGCCCUGCGAGGCGUCACGCUCUGCUGCGCGCGGGGGCGCGUGCGUUGCUGAUGACACUUUCGAUGAGGUUGUGUUGGAGGUGAUGCUUCCAAUCGACGGCAUAUUUAUGAGAACCAAAGAGACGACGCUUUUGUGGCGGCGCUAUCCCAACUUGUGUUUUGAAGGCUUUAAGUAGACUAGGAAUUAUUGUUGUUGGCUCACUUGUCACAUGUAAAAGUGUUUGUCAUUUAGUAAUUGAUGUUGGGGCUAAUCCAUUGCGUGGCCGAUAGAUUAUCGUAACGCUUGUACAGCCUAAGGCGGCCGUGUCGGUAAUAUUUACAGCGGCGUCGCAUUCUCUCUAUAUAUUUUGUAUUCCUAUUCAAAUUUUAGUUUUUUGCAUAUUUAUGUACACGUGCCGUAUUUGUAUUCCAAGUGAUUAUUUCUCCACCGCCGCCUCCCACCACCACCACCACUCACCCACCGCCAGCCCGAUAAUCACGACCGCUUUCUCUUGUUCCGAGCUUGACAACGCGAACAUUUCUCUCCCCCCCCACCCCCACCAUGCGAGCCUCGGCACGGCCGGGUUGGCCCUGCGGUGUCUCUACCACCACCGUCGUCGUGUGCCGACCGCGUGGCUCGGGGGAUUGACGGCCGGGGGCGACGCGCGGUUCAAAUGGCUCGCGAGUGUGGCCCGCGUGGUUCACGCCACAGGGUGGCUAUGAGAUGUUCACUACCUCGCCUGGUAUACAGGAGGUCGCGGGUUCGAUCCCGACACUGAAUACCUUCUGCUGUAUUUUUGGAGUUUGCGUUUCUCUCUGCCCACGGUCGCGUGAAUUUUCCUCCGGGAACUCCGGUUUUUCCCUCACAUUUAGAAUCAACAUCACGCGUUUAGAGUAUUUGACUACUGCUAUAAAUGUCCACACAGUGAUAAGCCACUUCGUUGAGCUGUCAUUCGUGGUGGUAGCCAGGUUGCAAACAAGCGACAUAGCUCAGCGUACCUUAGCUGGUAAAAUACAACGAGUUGAGUAGUUUAGGUUAUGUCGCUCGACAGCCAUCACACUGCUGGCAGACGGGGGGCUCCAGUGAGAGAAGGCGGCCCUCUGCAAAAGGGCCCCGUCCCGUGGCUGUUGUCCUUGGUCUACUCUUCCACGCCGGUCGGGCCGCGUCUUGGAAGACGAGGUGGGAGUAACCGACAACUUCGAAUUACUCUUCUUUGCCUCUCGUCAACGACAUCGGGAAUACGAGAGGCGAGGCUCACGUCGUCAUCAUCGUACAUUGAAACGUUCCAAAUGUUUUAAAACGUCGUAACGAGCGCACUGUCGUUAUGUGUACCUCCUCGGUGUUUUAAACAAUGAUAACGCAAGGGUGGUGGUGGUGGUGAUAGGGAGGGGGUGGUGAUUUAAAUAGUCCAUGGCCCACGUUCCAAAGCAUCGGUCAAAUCUCCGCUGUGCAGAAGCCGCGAGCCCUUCUGUCGUCGUUGGGAGUUCAGCACGAGAGAGGGAAAACGACCAGACGAUUGGCGUGUUUCGUCAGCACUUCACUUCAUAAAUGUUUCCUUCAAAGAAACCCAUCGCAGUAAACUUUGAUGUUCGUGUUGUACGUGCGAGCUUGUUGAUCUUACCGUGUAAUCAUGUUUAACCUAUUUAUCUAUUGCUCCUUGUUAUGAUUGGAACGCUAUUUUAUAGUCCUAAGUUUUAGUCUAAGAACAAAAAGCAUUUCAAUGUGUUUUAUUGUUUUUCAGGCUGGCCAUGCAGUCACAUCAAGUUGAACUUUCGUAUUUACAACCAAACUUGGACAAUGCUCGCGUGUAUUUGGCUUUUGCGACGUAGCCUCUGUGCUUGCAGCGCCUACGUUGAACUUGCUUCGCAACCACACUGCACGUAGCCAACCGUGCGGGGGGGAGGACAACGAGGGGCUGCGUCACAGGGCCGAGUCGACUUGGCUGGUCACAGCGCCGGUCCUCGCGCUCCGCUGCAGCGACAUGCCAGGUUCACCGUGGCAGCAGCGGGGAACGAACGCUCAGGGGCCACUUCGUCGCAAGCGUCGCAAUAAUCGCCGCUGCCGUGCGUGAGAGUGACGGCUCCCUGUCCGUCGCGCACGAUUGCCCCGCGAGCGUGCGAGUGCUUCGUGCGUGAAAGUCGCGUCGCGAACCGCGGCGUCGAAGCCGUCGGCUUCUCCGAGUGCAGUAUUUAAUUCGCUGUCCGCUUGCUUCGUGGCCGCGGGCCCCAACCGCGUGGCCACGCUCUGGCCCCGCUGUACGGGGCAGAGGCGUCCGUUCGUUUGUCCGUUACGGCUAUCAAUAAAUUAUUUAUUAUUGAAGAAA